CGUUGGUUGGCUUCCUGCCGUAGGACCCGAGCUGUCUCCGCCUUUGCGGGCCCGGCGUUUGGGUCUGCGGGUUACCGCGCCGGGAGACCUGAUCUUCGACUACCGGGUCUCAGUUGCUAAGUUGCCCGGGCUGAGCUCGAACUUGUGAUCCUCCUAUCUCAGCUCCCCGAGUGCUGGGCUCUCAGGCACGCUCCAGCCACUCCCGGUUUGGUCUUUUAAAUCUUGUGUGUCUUCCGAGUGCAGAACGAUGCUGAAAGGAGUGACCAGGCUGGUCUCCAGAGUCCACAAGUUGGACCCUCGAUGUUUUCUGCACACGGGAACCCAGGCACCCCAAAGCACUGCUGCUCACCCCGAUGAGCAGGUUCCAGUUGAGAGGCCCAGAACUAUUUCCCGUACCAGUGAAAGUGACCCGGCCCAGCACAGGGAGCAGCAUGAGGGCCAGCACUACAGCAUCCCCCUGCAGGAUCUGAAGACGGCACUUCCCCACGGCCUGCCUCCUCGUUUCGCAAUGCAGGUGAAGACAUUUGGUGAAGCAUGCCUGAUGAUAAGGAGGCCAGCCCUAGAGCUUCUGCACUACCUGAAAAACACCAAUUUUGCUCACCCAGCUGUACGCUAUCUUCUCUAUGGAGAAAGGGGAACAGGAAAAACCCUUAGUCUUUGCCAUGUUAUCCAUUUCUGUGCGAAACACGGCUGGCUAAUCUUGCAUAUUCCAGAUGCUCAUCUUUGGGUGAAAAAUUGUCGGGAACUUCUGCGGUCUACCUACAGCAAACAGCGCUUUGAUCAACCUUUAGAGGCCUCAACCUGGCUGAAGAAUUUCAAAACUACAAAUGAGCGCUUCCUGAGCCAGAUAAAAGUCCAAGAGAAGUAUGUCUGGAAUAAGAGAGAAAGCACUGAGAAAGGCAGUCCCCUGGGAGAAGUGGUGGAGCAGGGCAUCACCCGGGUGAAGAACGCCACCGAUGCGGUUGGCAUUGUCCUGAAGGAGCUCAAGAGGCAGAGCUCUGCGGGGCUGUUCCACCUCCUGGUGGCCAUGGACGGUGUCAACGCGCUCUGGGGGAGGACCACACUGAAGAGAGAAGAUCAGAGCCUGAUUGCAGCAGAGGAGCUGGCACUGAUUCACAACCUGAGGAAGAUGACGCGCAACGACUGGCAUGGAGGCGCCAUUGUGUUGGCUCUGAGCCAGACUGGGUCGCUCUUCAAGCCCUCCAAAGCCCAUCUGCCCCAGGAUCUACUGGGCAAGGAGGGAUUUGACGCCCUGGAUCCCUUUCUUCCCAUCCUGGUUUCUAACUACAAACCAAAGGAGUUUGAAAGUUGCGUUCAUUAUUAUUUAGAGAACAACUGGAUCCAGCAUGAGAAAGCUCCUACAGAAGAAGGGAAGAAAGAGCUGCUGUUCUUAAGUAAUGCCAACCCCGGCCAGCUGGAGCGGCUCUGUGCCUACCUCUAAGCCAUCAUCACAAAAUGCAUGGAAGUCAAUGGACAUUUUCUUUAAGCUGGACCCAGUCACAGGGAAGUGGCACAGUGCUGAGGCAGAGCAGCCAGGCUCCCGGCCUUGGGGUGAAACAGGCCUCCCAGGGGCUCGGGGCCUUCACUGUCUUGGAUUCCUUGUGACGUGACCAUAUGACAAUAAGAUAUCCCCUUGUUCCUAAAACUACUUCACAUUGCGGGAUGUUUUUACAUUUAAGAUAAUCAUGGAUCUUUUCCUACAAAUAAUAAAAUAUCUUUCUUAAAGCACUGUGUAGAUUUAUAAGGAAA